AGAGGCAGACAGGCUUGUAAGAACCAAGGAGCAGAGCAAGGCGAGAGAACGCACAGCUACAACGCUUCCCAAUCAAAUUUGACACGAAGCAGACACAACUUUGGAAACCAAGAGAAACACGAUGAAUCUCACGCAUUUGGUAGCUUGUGGACUAUUGGUGACCCUGCUUUCCGUGAGCAUGGAGGCAAAACCAUUGACGGAGUCACAACAGAAGUCCCUGACCAGUUUACUAGGCGAGGAGCUUUCUGAAUAUCUGACGUCCGGGGAGCGGGACUUGAGACUUGAAAAUUCGAGAGUACGACUCCUCAGGGACCUGCGUCUGGACGCCAGGGCUAAAGCGACCUGGGCUCGCAUCAUGAACGAUCACCCCAACCCCAGGAAAUACAAAGGCAUCCACAAGAAGGGUCUGUCCAAAGGCUGCUUCGGACUCAAGCUGGACAGAAUAGGAUCCAUGAGCGGGCUGGGCUGUUAGAGCUACGGCACACAGUUGGGGAGGCGGGCACUCAUUGGAAGAUGGGUUUUGGACAACUUUGUUUUAGUUGCUCAGAACAAUAGAACAAUACCAUCCUUAUUCAAGAAACUGAUAGGUUCGAAUUCCGGUACGAAGAACCGUCUUCACCAGCGUUACUGAAGAUCCUGAAAACCAUCACAAUAAACACAUACGCAACAAAACAGCGGACCGUGUUGUAGAAUCUAAUAAUGCAAAGCUGUAUAUUAUUGUCGCUGCUGUACAUUCAUGUACUUCAUUCCUGCAUAAAUGUAUUUAUGUUUAAAAACUAUUUAUAUGUUUAUAAAGAGAUAUUUAUGAAUAUGAGUUUUAUUUAUGUAACAUUUUUUUGAAAUUGAUGCAAACUGCAGGUCAAAUACGUUUGUAACUUUUUGUCUUAAAUAGCUGUAAAUGUUAAAAAAAAAGAAAAAAGAAACAUUCCACAUGCA